CACUGCGCAACCUGUGCGCAUCUCAGCUAUUGUAUGCUUUUAUUCAACUUAAGGCUUGUUUCACAUCUAUAUGCAUACGCAGUUUUACGUAUUUGACUCAAGUACGACGGAAAAGUUCACUUUGUUUAACGUUUAAUGAAGGACUUAUGAAGCGAUGGGCCACAUGAGUCUUUUCACGUGUUUAAUACGGAUCCAGUUUGCAGUCGUGAUCGCAGAACCUCUUUGCAGCAGAACAUUGCGAUUUGUGCCCAGCAGCACUGAGACAGAUGUGUGGGGAGGCCUAGGCUCCAGUGUUGAAUUAAACUGCACAGUUUUGAUGCACUACAACAACAGUGAGGCGGAAUGUCCAUCUGCCCAUCUGCGUUGGAGCAAAGAUGAAGAACCUCUUCUCAGCCCUGGUUCCUUCACUCAGAACACCUCAGAGUGGUUCACAGAUGAAGACCAGUUGAUGGUGAGCAGUGUCGUGACUGUGAACUUGAAGGAAAAGUCAGAUUUUGGUCUCUAUACUUGUGAAAUAUGGAACAGUACAACCACCUUCAGGCUUCAAAGAACCAUCUUCCCCAAUCACACAGGGGCAGUUCUGGCAUCCCUGGUUGUGUUCAUAAUGUUAGUCUUGGCUGCUGUAGUGUAUUCAAAAUGCCACCUCAACUUCAAGCUCUGGUAUAAAAACUCAUAUGGAGAUUAUGAAGUCAAUGAUGGCAAAAUUUAUGAUGCCUACAUUUCUUAUAUAAAUGAUGAGAAUGACCAGAAGUUUGUAAAUUUUAUCCUGAAACCUCAUCUGGAGACUAAGUAUGGGCAUAAGUUACUCCUUAACAACACAAACAUCCUUCCUGGAGCAGAGCCAUCUGCAGAGUUGCUUAUGAAUAUCAGUCGCUGUCGGCGGCUCAUUGUUGUGUUGUCACAGGCUUAUGUACAGCAGGAGUGGUGCACCACCAACUUCAGACAGGGCAUGUUUCACCUGCUGGAGCUGUCUCACAAGCCCAUCUUCAUCAUCUUUCAGUCUCAGCAGAAGCAUGUGAAUGUGGACAUCAUCCAGCAACUACGAGAUCUUCAGCCCCAAAUCACAACUCUCAUCUGGGGAGCACAUUCUGUUGUGCCAUCAUCUGGAUUUUGGAAAGCACUAGCCUUGGCCAUGCCCCGUAAAGUGGCGUUCCAGACUCAGUUGUCUGGAGACCCUCAGACUCUGCUCCAGGGGGAUAGGGACCCCAUGCUCACAUUGGAGCCAGACUACCUGGACUGCAGACCUGAUCCAGACCCUGCAGGAGAUCUGGGCUUACGAUUCCCCAUCUAUAAAGCAAUGUCCAGGGACCAAGCUCUCCCACCAGCUUCUGGUCCAGGAACUGAAGCCAGAAUCACUGAGAUUGACGUGUCUGACCUCGGCUCACGGAGCUACGAGGCUCGAACAGAUUUUUAUUGUCUGGUUACUGAUGAUGUUUGAACCUGGAGCAUCCAUGACUUGUUUCUCUUUCACUCCAGUGAGUACAGAGCAGAAGCUCUGGCCUCUUUUAUUGGUCACUUUUUGUUUGUUUAAAAAAGUCGUAUUUGUUUAAGGAAGCUAGAUUUGACUAGAUUAAAUGAGCACAAGUCAUUUGCAAAGGCCUGAGUUUAAACUUAGCUCACAACAUCCAAGACAUUACCCUUUAAUCUGAAUCUGUGCCAUUUUGAAUAUCUCUAUAUAAAAUGUAUUUAAAUUUAAAUUACAUUUACUAGCUGGUUAACCUGUUAGUUCUGGUAGAUUAUGCCAUUAGUUCAAGAAAAAAUAAUAUUGUAUACAAUUAUUUGUUUGCCUUUAUGCAUCUUGUCUUUCACACAAGUUACUGCAAAAGCAUUGAAGUGUACCAUGUUGCUAACAUUUCAUAUUAGCUAAUGUAUAUAAAUUUUAUAUUUGUAUAUACUUAAAUUAAAUACAUUUCCAAAUA